GUGUUUGAUAUAGGGUUGGAGCUGAAAUCUGUGGGACGGUAACUCUCCUGGAGCAGGGUUGGAGACCACUGGCCUAUAUGUUUAGUGGUAACAAUUGCGAAGUACACAACAUUCAUGAUGACGUAACCAGGAAGUAGCAGAGCUUUCGACGAAAUCCAAAUCAUCGGCUGAAGAUGAGUCGCAUUUAUGACAACACUGCGUUAUUAAACAAGCCUGUCCAUAAUGAGAAAUUGUCCUCCACAUGGGAUCCAUUAGUUCACCAGAGUGGUCAUGGUGUCAUUUUAGAGGGGGCGGUCGUGGAUAUGUCACGCCAUGUCAUAACAGAUGUGAACAACAGAAAGGAACGCUACAUUGUAUUGUACAUCAAACCAAGCAGAAUACAUCGCAGAAAAUAUGAUUCAAAAGGAAAUGAAAUUGAACCUAACUUCAGUGAUACCAGGAAGGUCAACACGGGAUACCUGAUGUCUUCCUUUAAAGUGGAGGCUAAGGGUGAAACCGAUUGUCUGAAUGAGCGCCAGCUGAGUGACAUUGUGAAUAAGGACCAGCUGAUUAAAGUAACAGCAAAACAUUGUCCUAGUCAGGCCUUCGCAUUCUGGAUCUCAGAAGCAGAGAUGGACAAAACUGAGCUCGAGCCAGGCCGAGAACUCCGUCUUAAAACAAAAGGAGAUGGGCCCUUUAUUUUUUCCUUCGCCAAACUGGACGGUGGUACUGUGACGAAGUGCAAUUUUGCAGGAGAUGAGAACGCUGGAGCAUCAUGGACAGAGAAAAUAAUGGCUAACAAAGCAGAUCAGGAAAAUACAGGGAAGAGUGGCGGUCAGUGUGAGGGAGCAGACGAUGAAGAAUGGGAUGACUGAAUGACACCCUUGAGCUUCACAGUGCAUCACAGUGCCUUAUCUGUCCACCAAAUGUAUAUUUACGCCACAAAACAAGACCUCACAGUCAGUAUUCAUAUGUUAUCACGUGAAAAUAUCAUAAACAGCAAAAAUGCCAUUUUUAAAUAAAGACUUUUGUAUUUUAA